AAACACACUGUGCUCCUGACGUGCGACACAGGCGAAGAGACACUCCACAACUGUCGAAGAAGGAGAGGAUAGUAGACUAGGCGAUUACAGUGGACAACGACGCCAACGUUUUGGUCAUCACCAGUGUCGUCGUCAUCACCACCCGUAAGUGGGAUGCACCGCCGAAGCUCCGAAAACAGCUACUACACCGCUCAGCAUUCUCACAGAUCUCGAGGAGAUUAUUAUGACUCCUGCUCCACGUCACCCGCAGGGGACAAAGGCGACGUCUCACCUCUUGUUGUGCUUCCCAAACAGCGGGGACAGCCGGAGCUAUACCAAAGCCAACGCAGGAAUCCACGUCGACCGCCGUUGCCUUCUUACGCGGUUUACCGAGCUGAAGUUGAAACACCGGUUCCUCCUGUAGUAGCUGAAAAACACAAUGGCCAAGGCAAGAACGGCGCCGCGUCAUCCGGGAUCCAGACCGGAAGGGACGGCAAUAACAACGGUGUCGUCAAGAAGCGGAAUAUCGUGUCCGAGAGUUCUUACUACGGUGACACAUCGGUUGAAGCCAUAAGCGCCGCCACCGAGAACAAGAAAUCCUUGCGCCGUAACAGUCUUCCUGCUGCGCCUGAAGUCCUUCCCUCGACCAGCGCGCCUUCGACGGGAGCUAGGCCUAAAAAUGGCACGAAGCCUUCGAGCAGACGAAGCUCUGAUCAAGGAAAGUUUUCCGAGGGUGGCGUGUUUCGACUCGAAGGCUUGAUGGCUGCGGACGCCGAACUCGGAGCCGAAAAUGGAGUCGAAGAGAAAGAUAAGCCGAAAGCGUUCGAUUCUGACGAGUCGAUUCAGCCGUCGUCGCAGAGCACGUUUGUAGGCCUAGCUCCGCCGUCGAGUGUUCCUGCCAGGGCAGAGGCGCGUCCAGAAAACGACCUCGUGAAAGCCCUAGAGAACCUGGGAAAAAGUGAGACCGACGAGCCUGUGAUUAAAGAGAAGAAGGCUGCAGAGCAGCAGACGUCGGCAGGGACCGUGAAAGUAGAAAAAGAACCCGUUGUGGAAGAACCGAUCCUCGUGGCAUCCGCGGCACCAGUUUCAAAAGCGAUAAAGUACCCGAAGCCGAAAGGUGCCGAGAAACAGGAGGUGAAGGUAGAAAAAUGUCAAAUGACUGGGAUUAGGUACCCUUCGGGGCGCAAGAGCUAUUACUCUGAAGAUGCGGCCAUAAAGAAAGAAGUUAAGAAAGGGCGCGAAAGAACGGGUGCUGAAAGUGGAAGCCUGGUGGACGUGCACGAAGGUUUCUAUUUGACUGAGAACGAGAUUAAACGUUUGUUGGAAGAGAAUCACAAAAAAGAGAGCGAGACGAAGCCCAAGCGGACGUCUCAUGGCGGACUAGUGCCUACUGGAUCUGAUGGCUUUAGUGCACCACCACGGAAGCCAGCAUCACAUCAAAUUCAGCAUCCUGACAACUUCGAAGACACCGUCAAAAAGAAACAUCCGAUUCUCAAGCAUCGGACAUCCGGACCCACGGACGUCAGGAGGACCUCCCCUACAGACAUGGUCCAGGUGAAGCAAGAGCGUCGCCGUACCAGCCCCGCAGAAGUCGUAAAACGUAGCUGCAGACGCGAGCGUAGAUACCACCGUCGUCACCGAACGUCAUCAGGCAGUGCUGAAGAGGUCAGCGAAACGUCAUCGAGAGAGCACAAGGGACACUGGAAAGGUGGAAGGUUUUUGCAGGAACGCGGGAGGAUCAAGAAGAACGGUGUGUGGGAGUCGGAUGGAAGUGAUGGAAGCGGAGACCACGAAGAUGAUUCGAGCGAAGAUUCGACAUGUUGGUCGUAUGUGUCCACGAGGAUGUCAGGCGGUACAAACCGGGAUAAGCGGUACGCGCCUGCUGACGGGGAAGCGACGAUGAGUUUCUCUGUAACCGAUUACGGAGCAUCCAGCGUGAUGCCACCGCGGCUGGGAUCAGUUCUUCCAAGCACGGUAGCAGCCUCGCCGGAUUUGGCUCGCAGAAAAGACAACAGGGUUAAAGCUAGGAAAAGGUCUGUAUCGACUAUGUCAAGAGUUCUGGAAGGGUUGGCAACUGCUUCACAAAUUCAAGAUCGUAGCCCGGUCAUAGCGGUGUUUGGCGGCGUUAAUCCUGAACGAGGAUCGUCUCGUUAUUCAGGAUCAACGAUCUUUCGCUACCGCCCUGAGGCCGACACUUGGGAAGUUUGCGGCCACAUGCCGCAGCCGCGAAGCUUUCACGGAUUGGUCAGCAUCGCUAACAACGUUUACGUGAUUGGCGGAUAUGGAACUGAUGUCUCAUCCUCGGGAGACAGCGUCGCCACAUCAGCAUGUUACCGGCUCGAUGUGGGCACCAUGUUCUGGAAAGAAGUCUGUCCCAUGGGAAUGGCACGUGCGUGUCACUCCGUGGUUGCCAGCAAAGGUUGCAUUUAUGCUAUCGGCGGGAAAGACCGCCACGACAGACUCUCGGCAGCCGUGGAGAUCUACGACGUGGAAAAGGACCAAUGGGAGUUCGCCUCUUCGUUGCCGCGUCCCCUGGCGGCAUCGGCGGCGACUUUCUUCCAAGGCUGCAUCUGGAUCCUGGGUGGACUCGCGCGGUACUCCAACGGAGAGUGCCGACCCACAAAGGCCAUCUACCAGUACGACGUGGACGAACGAAGGUGGUUCCGCCAGUUUGACCUGUGGACGCCUCUGGCUUAUUCGCUCGCUCUGAGUACGGACACCGACCUGUGGCUCUGGGGUGGGAUGGGGGAAACGCCAGGCGGAGAAGUGCGCCGGUGGAGUUCCAGGCAUCGCGCCUGGGAGCCGAGGUUCACGUUGGAACGUCACGCCCUCUGUGGUACCACAAUUGGUAACAGAAUGUACGUCAUCGGGGGCGUCACUUCCGAAGGAGUGAUCACUAACAUCCUCGUCAACUGUACCACAUCCGAGCGUACGCUGCACGACGGAGCACAGUUUCCGGUUCCGGUUGUGGGCGCUGCUGCAGUGACUAUCUCUGGGUACUACGGCACGUCGAAGGAGAGUACUCGUAACCCACAGAUGGAAGACAGUGACGAGGAACCGCACUUGAAACUACGAACCGUUUAUCGCCGCUAUAGACAACGUCGAAAGCUGCGAGGAAUCGACGACGCUUCACGAGAAAGGUUUCCGAAGGUUGGCGUGGCUGAAUCGACGCGGGUACUCACUUCCGCUUUCUCGGACACCCACGUACAAAGAAGCGCGGUGUCACGCGAAACAUCUCCAGAAUAUGGACUGAAGGAAGAGAGCUUGCUACUAGAACUUCGAACGCCAACUCGCCAGUCCCGAAAACAGAAGAUUUUAGACAGGGACAGUCGAUGCUCGGAAAGCCCGACCGGCUACGUUCCGCUACCUGCCAGGUUGGAUCCCAAUUUAGGCCUAACUCUCCUCCUCGAAGACGAACAACAACAGAGAGGUCGCAGCAAUACCGACGGACGCUGUUCUGACACAGCCCUGGCCAUCUUAUCUCUUCGCCCGUGCAAGACGCCGCCAGCCCACAGCAGCAUUAUAUCUCUCGGAGGGAUAGACCUGAAUCGGACACAGUGUCACGAUAUCGGUCGGCUCGUAUUGUAUUUUCAUCCACUGAAGAACCGCUGGGAAAGACUGGAACCGAUGCCCGAGCCGAGGAACUAUCACUGCGCUGCCUUGGUAGGAGAACAGGUCUUCGUCCUGGGUGGUCACGACCCACGACAUAACAACAUGGACGAGAUGACGCCGUCCGAUACCACUUUCUGCUAUUCGACGACGGAAAGAACGUGGACGCGGCGGGCAACCAUGAGACAAUGUCGAGCAUUCCACGCAUGCGCGGUAUGGAAGGACCAGAUCUACGUCAUCGGAGGCAGAGACGACACAGGCAGACUUCUAGGUUCCGUUGACGUGUACAGUCCAAUGUUGGACGCCUGGAGCCACCUUCUGGACCUUCCAAGGUGUCUUAUGGGUGCCGCCGCAGCUACCUACAAAGGUCGUCUCUGGAUUCUUGGAGGAGUGACGUCAGCUCGGAGGUCUUCCCGCGGGAAACCAGACACCGUCCAGGAUAGCGUGUCCGUUGUGGACGUCGCCGAGAAGACGUGCACAGAGCUCGCCCCGCUGCCCUUUCCAUGUGCGUACGCUGGUGUCACCGUCGCUGCCGACAAGCUGUGGCUGUGCGGAGGUCUGUGUCCGACGGAUGACGUAGGGAACCUCAAGAGCAUCUCCAGCGUUUACGUCCUGGACGGAGGGCGGUGGCUGUUCUACGAUGUCCUGGCCGUCAACAGACACGCCCUCGCAGCUGUCAGCUUCGGCGGCUCGUUUGUCAUGUGCUUUGGCGGAGUUACGACCAGCUACGAGAGCUCCGUGGACGACUGCGAGCUCUUCUACGAUGGCCCUGGUCACGGAAACCUCAAGCUACGCUCUCCCCCUUUCGCGGUAGCGGGUCACGCUGCUGUCGUCGUGCCCGGGAAUCGCGACGUCAUCAACGAUCCUGUGUCCACCUGGGGACGUAUAUCGGAAGCUGCUCAAGUCCCCUAAUGCGAUAGAGAUGUGCACUAGAACACAGAGAAGGAUGGUCCUAAAAGUACGCAGAGAGAAUGAAAAAAGAAAAUAUGUAAAUAAACGUCACUAAGAGGCCUUUCCGAGUGGAGGGCUUUUCCUGGUA